CCGAGGAUCCUCCUGACCGUUGACAUAAAUCCACGCACCCGGCAUCCAGCUGGAGUCCUUCUUUCUUCCGGGUGUGUCUGACUGUGUUUCUUGUUGACUUUGCCGCAGCAUCCGAUCCCUUCACUAGGUCGCAUCGAGACCACCAUCGAACAUGGCCGACGUUCUCUCCACUCUGCGCGAGACCCUCCCCUCGCUUCUCUCCUGGAAGGCCUUGGCUCUGGUUCUUGCUAUUCUCAGCUUCAAGAACCUGCCUGGCGUGUGGCACAUUCGCCUAGGCUAUCACCUCUUCAUCAACCUCCGCCGCCACCCCACCGACGCUCCCUUCCCAACCUGCCCCCCUUCUACCAACUCCAGCUCCAGCACGAAAUCUAUAAAAUCCCACCCCAUCUUCGCCCCUCACAGCCUAACAACCCACACCUCCCUCUGGGAAACAGACUACAACAUCCACAAAUCCAACAGUACUUAUUUCUCCGACCUGGAUAUCUCCCGCACGGCGAUCGUCACUCGCGUCUACACCCCGGGAGUCACACUCAUCAGCAAACAACUCGAUACAGAACUGGCCAAGGUCAGCAAAGAACAGGGGAGAGAGAACGUGGGCAAGAAGAUAUACAUUGCGCUGGGGUCGACGUAUACGAGUUUCAAGAGGGAGAUUAAGCCGUUUGAGGGGUAUAAGGUUGUGAGUCGGGUGGUGGGAUGGGAUCGGAAGUGGGUUUAUAUUUUGAGUUUGUUUGUGAGUGGCAAGGGAGGGAAGGGGAAGGUGUUUGCAACGGCGGUGAGUAAGUAUGUGGUUAAGAAGGGGUGGUUGACGGUUCAUCCGGAGAGGGUUUUGCGGGCGAGUGGGCUUUAUCCUGAUGUACCCAUUGCUGAGGGUAUUACCAACAAGGAUAAGGAUGGAGAAGGCGAGGGAGAGGAAGGAGUUGUCCUAGUAGAAGAGGGAGAGGGCCUUGAAACUCCAGAAGGAAUCAAAGAGAAUGUCGCGGUAGACGGCGGGGUCGUAGGGGAAGUCCUGGACAAAGUCAAGCACGGAAAGGCGUGGGAUCGAAACGAAUGGACAUGGGAACAGAUCGAAGAAGAGCGACUACGGGGAUUAAAGGUCGUGGAGGGAUACGUGGGAUUAGAUGAGAAGUUGUUGGCCGAGUGGGAGGAAUGAUAUGUCUCCCUCUCUUAGAUGUAGACGAUAGAUUUAAAGCAUAAUACCCUUGAUACAUAUAAUAAUAGUAUCA